AAUAGCCCGCCAUCUUCAAAACCUAAAACCCUAAAGCUAAACCCAAGAAGAGAGAAGACAGAGAGACCGUAGCUGCGCGCAACUUUAAUGGCGAGUAACAGCCCAACCUCGAGUGAAAUGCAAGCUUCGGUAGCAGCGCACAAUCAUUUCUUUAUAUGGAGAGAGUUCUGUUGGGGAGCUAUUGCUGGUGCUUUUGGGGAAGGAAUGAUGCAUCCUGUGGACACCGUAAAGACACGAAUCCAAAGUCAAGCUAUUCUUAGUGGAGGAAUUCAGACCCCCAAGAGCUUGCUUCAGAUGGUUCGAGCAGUUGCAGUUACGGAUGGAGCAAGAGGCUUUUAUAGAGGUAUAACUCCGGGGGUUACUGGAUCUCUUGCUACUGGAGCAACAUAUUUUGGUUUUAUUGAGUCUGCUAAAAAGUGGAUCGAGGAAUCACAUCCUAGCCUUGGGGGCCAUUGGGCUCAUUUCAUUUUUGGAGCUGUUGGAGAUACACUUGGUUCGUUUGUAUAUGUUCCAUGUGAAGUAAUGAAACAACGCAUGCAAGUACAAGGGUCAAGAACAUCUUGGAAUUCCAGCAUUAUUAAAGACAGCAUCUCCAGGAAAUCUGGUGAGCAAAUUUAUGGCUAUUACACAGGGAUGUUCCAGGCUGGAAGUUCAAUAUUGAAGGAGCAGGGGCCAAGAGGAUUAUAUGCUGGAUACUGGUCUACGCUUGCAAGGGAUGUGCCCUUUGCUGGCUUAAUGGUUAUGUUUUAUGAAGCCUUGAAAGAUUUGACAGAGUAUGCGAAACAAAAAUGGAUUCCCAGUUUAGAUCACCAUAUUAAUAGUUCUGUGGAGGGACUUCUCCUGGGAGGAUUGGCUGGAGGUUUUAGUGCCUAUCUCACCACUCCCUUGGAUGUGAUCAAAACAAGAUUGCAAGUACAGGGAUCAAUUAUAAGGUACAAUGGCUGGCUGGAUGCUAUUCGCAGGAUUUGGAUGAUGGAAGGGGUCAAGGGAUUGUUUAGAGGAAGCGUCCCCAGGAUAACAUGGUACAUCCCAGCCUCUGCUCUUACCUUCAUGGCUGUGGAAUUCCUCAGGGACAAAUUCAAUGAAAAACUGGACGAUGGAAAUAUGCAAGUUGCAAGCAUGUCAAUAGAGAAAAAGGGAUCAUCUUUGUGAGAGGUAGCUUAGAACCGAGCUGAACUUUUUCAGCCAUCUUUUCCCCCCCUGCUAGACGAGCCACUGUACCUGAUUUGAAGUCUACCGAUUCUGUUGGCACUGAAUUUUGUUCUUUGAUGAGCUGGUUGCAGUGAAAGAAACAAAAUUUUGAAAUCGGCCAUGUAAAGUAAGAGAUUUUUAGUGUUUGAAAGGGAAGAGAAGAAACAACAUUAGUUGAGGGAUUUGCCUUGUUGACUUGCAACAUAGGGUGGACCUGGUGAGAUGUUGUAAUACUUCAGGGAUGAGACUUUCUGCUGCUAGCAAAAUAGAAAUGUUUUCGGAGCUUCUUUUGUCAAAA